AUGCCAGCCAUCGAUGGCUCGCACCAUCAUCUCCAAGCAUCCCAUCACGAUGAUGAUGAUGAUGGCAACGGCGACGAGCUGCCUCUGCCUCCGUCCUCCAUCCUCCGGGUACAUCCGGCGCGACUCGUAGAUGAUAUCGACGAAGAAAUCUUCCUCCUCUACACGCUCAACGCCAAAUCCGAGCACGACGGUGGACUGGGCUACGUCAACCAUUCUCGCGACAAGAUCUACAUCGCCAUCGACGGCUUUACGUGGACCUCGGCGCUAUCCGAUCGCAACCUGAGUGGCCAGCUCAUUGUGCCCAUCUACCAGCAUGUCACCAGCCUUCGAUCGUCCAGAGGCGACACGGGAAGCGUAGUUUGGCGAUCCACCGUUGAACUUGCUAUCCGUUUCCACCGAGAUGUCCUGUUUGACUUGUCACUGUUCAAAGACGCCACUGUUCUCGAGUUGGGUGCGGGAACCGGCGCUCUGCCCGUCAUGGUUGCUUCACUCGCAAAAACAUGGCUGGCAACGGAUCAAGAACAACUGCUGCCUCUCAUGCGCAAAAAUUUGGACAACUGCGACAACGUCGAAACCGCCGCACUCGACUGGUUCGACUUCUUCCAUCCUCCUUCUUCCCACUCUGCACAGCUGCGCAAGAGCCACAUCCUCGACCACUUUGCCCAACAUGCCACACCAGAUGUCAUCAUCUGCUGCGACUGCAUCUACAAUCCAGGACUCUUUGACGCUCUCAUCGCCACGCUCAAUGUUUUCACCCAGCCGGCGCAUACGACAGUACUCGUCUCUUGCGAAAUGAGGAGCGAUCAGAGCUUGACCGACUUUAUGACAAAGUGGAAGGAGUCGGAUCCAACCUGGCGCAUCCUCAGCCUGGAGGAUCGCCUCGAAAAGGGCUUUGUUGCUCUCGCCGCUUGGAAAGCUUGA